AUGCCUCCAAAAAUGCGAAUCAAAAUGCGAUUUCUUUCGAGAAGUCUAGUUAUUCUAAUCGCUAUUCCACAACUAAUCAUUGGAAUUAUAUGCAUCCAUCAAGUUGAAAACGAAGUUAAGCGAGCUCAAGAUCUCUUAUCAAUGAUAGAAACAGUGCGCUUGCAUCCAACAGUAAACCAUUUUCAAAUUUCAAUGGAAAAGACUGAAAUAAUACCGCUGAUGAUUUUUGGAUUCCUGGGAUUCUUUGCUAUUUUUCCAUUCUAUCCCCAUAUUUUCCUGGUGCUUUUGAUGAUGCUAGCGCAAGUUGCUAUGCUGAGUUUUCCGAUUUUUCGAAUUUCAGAGAUCCGGGAAUCUUUGCAGGAUGAUUAUAAAUACAUCAUACCUGCUUCUGAGUUUGAUUCGUCGAAAUUCCGCAUUUCUAAAUCAAUGGAAAAAUCUAAAAGCAUAUAUACCAGUUUAUUGAAAUCUACUUCCCAGAAAAAGUUAGAAGAUAUCAAAAUAGUGCAAAAACUAUAUACAAACUCGUUCCGUAUGCUUUUUGAAAUUUUGAAUUUCAAUGAAGUAUUUGUGUAUAUCGCAAUUGGUUAUACCGUUUUUUCUAUUGGAGUUCUGAUGGUUUUUGCGAUGUGAGUUUUCUUAAGCUCAUGAACAUCGAAUUUUAAUAUUUUGUUUUCAGAAUACAUAAGCCCAAAACUGAAAAGAAACCAAAACCUGCAGAAUCAGAAGGAACUGGAGAUUAUUAA